AUGCUGCCAAAGCGGCCAUUCGCUGCAACGUCACUUUCUCGUGCUAUCCUCGCAUCAACCACCGCGGUACCAUUCACGCGAGCGCUCACCUACACCCGAGUGUUCGGCGAGAACGCUAAUCAAGCCGAAGCGGCCACCCCGCUAUCCUCAUCACAAGCAACUCCAACCGCCGCCAAAGGACCUUCAUCUCCACCAAGCCCGCGCCACGAUGUCGUCUCUCGCUCGCGUCGCUCCAUGCUCUACGUCCCCGGUUCGUCGGAAAAAAUGAUCAAGAAAUCGCAAUCCUCUUCGGCAGACACCAUCAUCUUUGACCUCGAGGACUCGGUCGCAGCGCACAAAAAGGGCUCUGCGCGAGAGACCGUCUUUCUGGCGCUCGAAGCUGCCGCGCGGCCAGGCCCUGAGCUUGCCGUUCGCAUCAAUCCUCCUUCGGCGGACCGCGGGUUGGCGGAGGACGACCUGGACAUGGUCCUUCCCUCUCACCAGCUGCAGGCGAUCGUGGUGCCCAAAGUGGAGAGCGAGGAGGAUGUGGCACUGAUCGUGGAGAAGGCGCGUGCGCUGCGGCCGGAAGGAGAGCCUCUGGCGCUGGUGCUAUCGGUCGAAUCGGCGGGAAGCCUGUUGCGCAUGCCCCGCAUCGUCGAGUCGAUCCGGAAAAGUCUGGGCCAAGACCCUCAUUCUGGUGAUCUACUAACCACCACCGCCAAAGCUCCCGUUGCCGAGAUCGUAGCACUGCUCUUUGCAAGCGAAGACUACUGCGCCUCCACCGGCAUCCUGCGGACUCGGGAUCGAAAGUCGUUGCUUUUCCCCCGCGCGCACAUGGCCACCAUCGCCAAGGCGUACAAUCUGUCGGCGAUCGAUAUGGUGUGCAUCGACUACAAGGAUCAGUCGUACCUGACGGAGGAGGCGGAAGAAGCGAAGCAGCUGGGAUACGAUGGCAAACAGGCGAUCCACCCGGUGCAAGUGGAUCCGAUCCAACACACGUUCAACCCGACCGAGGAGGCGGUCGAGAGAGCAGCGAGGAUUCUGUAUCUGUACGAGGGCGCGAGUAAGAGCGAUAAGGGAGCGUACGGAUUGAAGGAGCAGGAUGGGGGGAUGACGAUGAUUGAUCGGCCGAUGUUGCUGCAGGCGAGCGCGGUGGUGGGGAAGGCAAGGAAGGCGGGGAUGAGGGUUCCGGAGGCGAGCGAACUGGAGCAGAAGCAGGGGUGA